CAGCUGGUCACACUUUCCAGCAAAAAAGUGAAAAAUAUUGAACAAAUAAUCGCCGAUCGGAAGAUAGAAAGUGCAAAUCCAUUUGACAGAAUAAAAUAGGCCUAAAACAGCUCGCUGCGAGCUGCUAAUUAAAUUAUAAAACAUACAGAAGCGUUGAAGACGUCGCAAACCAAGCCCACAAUCCCCGCUCGUUGGCCUAUUUCGCUGGACUAAACGAAAGAUAUAGGGAAACAGAGAGAGAGUGUGUGUGUGUGUAAAACGACACGGCUGGCUAAUAGCUUUCACCAAAUCUAGUUUUCCUUGUUGUACUCUCGCCCAGGAGCUAAGCGCACUAUGUAGAAGUCCGACUCCGAGCCAAGGGGAAACCAACUAGCCAGCAGCCGUAGCAGAAGUACCACAAUCAGAGGAAAACAAAAGCCACGCCAUGUCUAUACUGACCAGCCUGAAGAAGGUCUUCCACCUCGGUGGGGGUGAGGCCAAGAAGAAGCGGCUUUACAACAACAUCAAGAUGGACACAAACCCGGAGGAUUUCUGGGAGAUGGUCGGUGAGCUGGGCGACGGUGCCUUUGGAAAGGUGUACAAGGCCCAGCACCGAGAACAGAAGCGCUUCGCCGCCGCCAAGAUGUGUACGCUGGAGGACGAGGAGAACCUCAGCGACCACAUGGUCGAAAUCGACAUUCUCUCGGAGAUCAAACACCCCAAUGUGGUGGAGCUGUACGAGGCCUUCUCCCUUGAUGAUAAGCUGUGGAUGCUGAUCGAGUACUGCGAUGGCGGAGCCCUGGACAGCAUCAUGGUGGAGCUUGAGAAGCCACUAACUGAGCCGCAAAUUGCCUACGUGUGCAAGCACAUGACCGAGGGUCUAACCUUUCUGCACCGCAAUAAGGUCAUCCACCGCGACUUGAAGGCAGGAAACGUUCUCCUCACCAUGGAGGGUGGCGUCAAGCUGGCGGACUUUGGCGUCUCGGCCAAGAACAAACACACGAUGCAGAAGCACGACACGUUCAUCGGCACCCCUUAUUGGAUGGCGCCGGAGCUGGUGUUGUGCGAAACGUUCCGGGACAACCCGUACGAUCACAAAGUGGACGUCUGGUCACUGGGCAUAACGCUAAUCGAGCUGGCCCAAAUGGAGCCGCCCAACAGCGAGAUGUCGCCGAUGCGUGUGCUCCUCAAGAUCCAAAAAAGCGAGCCGCCCAAGCUAGAGCAGCCGGCCAGGUGGAGCAAAGAGUUCAACGACUUCCUCAAGAAGUCUUUAGUCAAGGAUCCCCAGCAGAGGCCGACGACGGAUGUGCUGCUGCAGCAUAGCUUCAUCAGCAGGGACAUGGACGCCAAGCCCAUUAAGGACCUGCUGCUCGAGUACAAGGCUGAGGUCGUUGAGGAGGUGGUGGACGACGAGACCGAGAAGCUUAAACGCCAAGUGAAGCGGCGCUCACUCUAUCAGAGGGAACCCCGCAACUCGGCGCUCCAGCUCGACCUGGACGAUGACUCUGCUUCGCUGCAGAGCCAAGACAUUGACAAACUUCCAGGUACACCUACAUCCAUUUUGCGGGAUGCCAAAGAGCAGCCCCAACCAAGUAGCAGUUUACCAACCGCCGCAGCAGCAACAGCAGCGGCAGCAACAACUGCACCCACAACAACUAAAGCCACCACUCCGGACAGACCAAACCACAGCAAGGAUGACAAUGUUGAGCCGGCAGCCCAGCAGCCGCCGCCGCAUACCAAAGUGCCUGCUCCAGCGCCGCCGUCGCCCCAAAAAACACCGCCACCCCCACAACUUCCUGCCCCAGCAGUCGCAGCAGCAGCAGCAGCGGCGGUGGCAGCUGUUGCCGAGGCAGCUGAAAAAACCGAGUCCGACAAAAAGCACUUUGUCAAGAAGGAGAAGGGUAAAGCGCCGCCACCACCCAUGGCUGUUGCAGUCGCCGCUAAUGCAGCGAAGCAGCCAGCUGGAGAUGCUCAGAUGUCGCCCAAGAAGGUAUCCACUCCCGAACCCGCUUCGCCAGUCACCACAGCUAUUGAGGUAGCCAUUGGACAGGAGACCAUUGAACAGAAACCGCAGCCACCCUCGCCCACAGCCUCGUCCAUUGUGUCCGUGCAGUCAGUGGCCUCGUCGAGCUCCUCGGGAAGCGUUUCCAAUGCGAGAACGCUCAGCUCCAGUACAUCCCUGAUAACCAUCAACAGCGAUGCCCCAGCCCCGCGACAGUCGCCGCCGCAGCCGCAGCACGUGGUAUUGCCAAAUAGCUUGGAGUCGGUGAGCCAAAUCACCGUGGUAACAAGCACCCAUCCGCCGGUGAUUAUCGACAACUCGGUGGCUCCAUCGGAGGUGAUUAUCGUGUCUAAUGACCUGAACAAGAGCACUCACCUGAACGAAUCCUCGACGGACGACGACUUCCCAUCGCUGGACGACAGCUUGGGCGAUUCCGGCACGCCACCCUACAAACAGUCCUCCAUGAUAUUGGCGGUCAACGAUCCGGCGGGAGUGGUACCUGCGCCUCCGCCGCAGCCCCACAAUGCCACCACCACUGUCCAUGCCCGCAAGCUGGACGAGAGCGAGGUACUGAUCGUGAGUCCAUCGUAUGCGGACGACGAUUCUGCUUACCAUACGGCGUCGGGCAGCCACGAUCACAGUGACCAGCUGAUGGACACCAGCCAUGUGUCGGUCGUCACAGUGGGCGACGAAGGGGUCAAGGUGAAGGACAGCAGCAACGAGAUGGACGGCGUCAAGCGCCAGCCGAACGGAAUUAUGCCGGAGGAUGUGAACAUCAUCGUAAACCGAUUCAAGCCGGAGAAGCGAUCGCCGGAUAGCUCGCUGAGCGAGAAUGGCUCUGUCCGGGGGCGGCGGGGCAUCGAAGUGCAAGUGAGCGGCAGCGGAGGCUCCGACGUGGACAGCGUUGGCACCAACACUAGUCAUGACAGUCGCCACGAGGUGGAUCUUAACAACAAGCCGCAGUCGCAACAGUUACCGGCGGCCGUACUGAUGCCGCCUCCACCUCCCUCUGUGACGAAUAAUCACAAUCACAUGACCAUCGACGAGGAAGAGGAGGUUGUCAUCCGACCCAGGACCAGGCCUCCGCCUGUGGUCAAGUCUGCGCUCACCAAGGAGGAGAUCGAACUGCGAAACCUGCGCAAGAAGACGCGCAAGCGCACCCGCAAGUUCGAGAUCGAUGGCGUGCAAAUGACCACAACUACCAGCCGGGUGAUCUACGGCGACGAGGAGAACGGUCGCAUCUAUGAUGAUCACGACUUCCGUAAGCUGGAGCUGCGAGAGCUGAAGAUGCUCCAGAAGCAGGAGAAGAAGCAGCAGACUGAACUGCACAUAAAGGAGCAACAAGCCAAGGAGCAGCAGGACCGCCGCUUCGAGCAGGAACACUCCUCGCUGGAGAAGACCUACGAGGCGGACAUGGAUAUGCUGGCGCGACAGCACAAGCAGCUGGUGGAGAAAACCGAGCAGACGCAGGAGAACGAGCUGCGUUCCUCGUCGAAGCGCAUCCGCUCCGAGCAGGAGCAGGAGCUGAAGAUCUUCCGGGAGAACCUUAAGCAGGAGAUCCGCUUGCUCAAGCAAGAGGUUGACCUGUUCCCCAAGGACAAGCGCAAGGAUGAGUUCAAGCAGCGGCGAUCGGCCAUGGAACUGGAUCAUGACGAAAAGGAGCGCGCCUUCCUCGACUCGCUCAAGGAGCGGCAUGAGCUGCUGUUGAGGCGGCUCAGUGAGAAGCACCGGGAACACCUGGCCAGCAUCAAUCGCAACUUCCUGCAACAGAAGCAGAAUGCGAUGAGGACGCGUGAGGCUCUGCUCUGGGAGCUGGAGGAGAAGCAGCUGCACGAACGCCACCAGUUGUCCAAGCGACAUGUCAAGGAGAUUUGCUUCAUGCAGCGCCACCAGAUGAUUAUCCGGCACGACAAGGAGCUGGAGCAGGUGAAGCGCAUGUUGCUGCGCAAGGAGGAGGAUCUGGUCAAGAAGCAGACGCUGGAGAAGCGAGCCCUGCCCAAGCGAAUCCGAGCUGAGCGCAAGGCACGCGACCUAAUGUUCCGGGAAUCGUUGCGUAUUUCUACGAAUCUGGAUCCCGAGAUCGAACGCGAACGCCUGAAGAAGUUCCAGGAGCAGGAGAAGAAGCGUUACAUGCAAGAGGAGCGCCGCUUCGAGGUCAAACAUCAAAAGCAAUUAGAAGAGCUACGUGCCACACGUGAAUCCGCCAUAAGAGAACUGGAGCAGCUGCAGAACGAGAAGCGCAAAGCCUUGGUGGAGCACGAGCAGACCAAGCUGUCGGAGAUCGACGACCGCCUGAAGGCGGAGCUGCGCGAGUGGCGCGAACAGCUGGCGCCCCGCAAACAGAAACUGAAUGAAUCCAUCAAGGCGGCCAUCGAUCUGCACGAGCAGCGCCACGGUCUGGUGGUCAACCGGGAGGAAUUCGAGGACCAGGAGGUGGAGCUGCCGGUGCGCCUGCGCGGCAUAUUCAACGAGCGCUCCUCGCGUCUUAUUCCACGCAACACCUUCAUCGACACCACUCAGAUGCCUCGCUCGCGGUCGUCGCUCCUGAUGAUGGGCGGCGGUGGCAGUCGGCUGGCCAACUUCCGCGGCUCGGCUCCAGAUCUGAGUCGCAGUGUGCCCAGUACGCCCAUCUUCCACAAGCAGCAGCGCUCCCAGAUGAUCAGUGACCUAGUGCUGGAAGAGGACGAGGAACAACUACUGGCCGAGCAGAUGAAGCGGGCCAGCGUUACGACUCUGCCCGCCCAGAACCAUCUGCGCCUGAUUACCCAGUCGCCGGCCAACGAGCUGGUCAAGGUGGUGACCACCCCACCGGUGUUGAACAGUGCCGAAGAUGCUAGCUCCAAGCCAGCCAUGAGCACGUUUAGAGGUAGCACGCCUCCGAAAACACCCGACGACCUGGGCCUGGUGAGCAACCGGUUCAGCCGCGUUGAUCCCAAAGCGGCAGCGGACGCCAGCGUAGAGCUGCGUAUCCACGAGGGACCCGUCCUGACGGCCCACACCCAGCGCCUGCUGCACUCCACCUCGUUCGCUAUAAAGCGACCCUCGCUAGCCAGCCGGAGCAGCGGUCGAUCCUCGCUGAGCAGCGCCCAGUCCAUGUAUAAUAUUAGCGAGCUCACCACCCGGUUCGCCAGCGAUGCGGACGUGAUCUUUGACUCGGGACGCAAGGCGGCCGCCCUGCUGGACGAGGUGCAGCCGCAACUGAGGUCAUCGGUGAAGCCGGGACACAGUCGCCAGAAUGGGAGCGUUGCCUCAGCGGACUCGGCAGCCUCCUCAGAUGAUUUCUACUACGAUUUGUAUGCCGCCAAGUACCGAUUGCCGAGGAUCAACCAGCGGCAGCACAGCUGCGAGGAGGAUUCAUCGGCGAUCUAGGAGCGCCGAGGAGGGACACUUGCCUUGUUCCAGCGCCCGGCUCCUGCUCAUGCACCUCGGCCACUAACAAACCAAUUGAAACCAUUUCUACUCACACCCACUAACACUGAAACUGAAACCGCUUUUUACUCCUCCUUUUUGGUGCUGGCUAACUGCACAUCCCCACUUAGUCCCUCCACUAACAUAUCAUCUGGCUAACCACCAAUCGGUAGAGACUACUAUAAUAACCCUUCUGCUCUGCAUCCGCAUCUGAAUCCGCAUCGGAAAAUGCCAUACAUUCUGUCUUGCCAAUGUUUACUAUGUUUGCAUUUUGCAAUUUUAUUGAACAAAAAACAUUCGAGUUUAUGUUGAAAGUAUUGUUUUGACUUGGAACAGCCUUCCGCCUCCAAAUACAUUCCAUUUUAGCAGUAUUAUAACGUACUUAGUAAAAACAGUAAUGAAAAAAAACAAAGAAAUCAAUCGACAUUCCAUAUUUAGCAAGAUGCCAAGCAUUUGUAUAGCCAUAUCGUACUCUAAACAUUUUUAUAAAUAUUUACAUAACGCAUUAUAAUAUCGUACUGAAAUUUUCAUGAUGCUUCACUGUACACACCCACACCCACUCUUGAAUAAAAACAUGUACACAUGCAAACCAACAAAAAAAAAACGCGCUGCUAUCGAAACAAAAACCAAAAAAACGCAAAAAAAAUUUUGAAACCAAAACCAAAAUCUAUAUCCGAAAACUUUUCUUGCCGGCUCUCCUCGCCUCGUUAUGUGUAAAGCAACUACAGCAGCGGCUGCAACAAGAGCGACUGGAGGAGACCUUUGCCCAGCAGAUGGAUGAAAUGGAGUCCCUGUACGGUGGUGCCCUCAUUGUCUCCAU